AAAUAAAAUUAUAAAAAAGUUUUUGAAUUUUUAAUUGAAUAUUCCAAAACUACUUACCUGUCCCUGGAACAGUAGUGUCAGUUCUGUCUUUCUUCUUACAUCUUCGUAAACCUCCCAUCAAUGGAGACUUUUCCAUCAUUCCCAAAAUCCAAACCUCUAAAAUGGAAUUAGAAUACGACCCUUUUGCUUAAUCAAUGGAUCUAUCAACUUCUGCUUCUUUUUCAUCGUCCUCAUCGUCUUCUUGGUUUUCCGGCAUAGUUCGUGGCCGUUCCACUAGUGUCAAGAUGUCUAAUAAAAAUCCGGCCGCCGCCGCCGCCGCCGGAGGUGCUGACAGUGUUUCCGGUGCUGGCCCUAUUACUGCGAAAAAGCAGUUCCGUGGUGUAAUGUUUAAGUAUGGUCCAAAGGCAAUUCAGGUUGCAUUUAAAACGGGUGAUUAUAAACAACAGCUCAUUUUCAUAGGUGGAUUAACGGAUGGAUUUUUAGCUACUGCUUACUUAGAGCCUCUGGCUAUUGCUUUAGAUAAAGAGAAAUGGUCAUUGGUCCAGUUUCUGGUUUCAUCAUCUUAUAGUGGAUAUGGAACCUCAAGCUUGAGACAAGAUGCUAUGGAGCUUGAUCAGUUGAUAAGUUACUUGAUAAACAAGGAAGAUUCUGAAGGUGUAGUACUGCUUGGGCACAGUACUGGCUGUCAGGAUAUUGUAUAUUACAUGCGCACAAAUGCCGCAUGCUCCAGAGCAGUCCGUGCAGCCAUAUUGCAGGCUCCAGUUAGUGAUCGAGAAUAUAAAGCCACUCUUCCUGAUACUGCUUCGAUGAUUGAUUUGGCGUCAAACAUGAUAAGUGAAGGUCGCGAAUCAGAGUUAAUGCCAAGGGAGGCAAAUCCAGAUGCCCCAAUCACCGCCUUUAGAUAUCACUCACUUUGCGCAUACAAUGGGGAGGACGACUUGUUUAGUUCCGACUUUAGUGAUGACCAGCUGAAACAGAAACUUGGGCACAUGUCCAACACUCCUUGUCAGGUUAUAUUUUCCAUGGGUGACGAGUACGUUCCAGAUUAUGUUGACAAGAAAGCAUUGGUUGAUAGAUUGUGCAAAGCAAUGGGUGGUGCUGAAAAAGUUGAAAUUGAAUACGGGAACCAUUCUUUAUCUAACAGAGUCGUAGAAGCUGUUGAAGCUAUAAUGAGCUUUGUUAAACGAGAAGGUCCCAGCGGAUGGGAUGAUCCAUGGAACUAAACAGUUGAUUGAUCCUGCAACUUCACUUUGCCUUUUACAUUCUUUAUUUCCAUGUAUAUGUACACUGCAGGUUGACGAUGGAAGUACAAUUUUUUUGUACCUCAAGUGAAAUGGUAGUCUAGAACAAGGUGGUCCAUUCUUUGUUUUGUCAUUAGCAAUGGGAACUUCUAUUUGAGUCUUUGAUAUUUUAUCUAAAAGAAGGGAAUGUCUUCAUUUUUAAGCU